GUCCAAGACCACAAGUCAAGUUGUAGUUCAUCAACGCGUUCAUCAAACCUGUAUUUAAUCUCUAUUGGCAUUUACCAGCAAGCCCACAACACUCCCACCCCCGUCCAAAAUGCACCCAAUCUUCCUCCUUCUCCUCUUCUUCUUCUACUCCGUGGACGCCACGACACCGUUUUCGUCUAAGGAAAUACAGCCUGAGGAAACCCCUUCCGUCUGCUCCCAGACUUUCGCCUGUGGCCCACUCCAAGGCCUCUCAUACCCGUUCACCGGCGGGGCACGCCCUGCCCACUGUGGUCCACCGGAGUUCCACAUCAGCUGCGUGGACGACUCGCCCGAGCUGACCAUCAUGUCGCUGAGGUACCGAGUUCUCGAACUCGACCCAGUUCACAAAAAUCUAAGGUUAGUCCGCUCAGACCUCUGGAACUCGACAUGCACAGACAAACUCGCCAACGUAACUAUCAAAUCCGAGUUCUUCGCCCACAAUGAGAACGACGACAUGGAGGUGUCCAUUUUCUACGGCUGUAAUUCCUCUACCAUUACCCCCAAGCCCGAGAAUUGGUUUCACUGCAACGUCAAUCUGCCUUUCAACGACUCUUAUUACUUGAUCGGGACGGUCCCGAUCGAUCAGAUUAUGAGCGGUGUCAAGUGUAAGAUUGAAACUACAGUGCCGAUUCUCAAGACCGCGGCUGCGAAGCUCGUUGCCAAUAGGUCGCUGUUUCAGGAAGCGAUCAUGGAAGGCUUUAAUGUUAACUAUACCCACCCUUAUGAUGAUGAAUGCGCUAAAUGUGUUGAUAUAAAUGGGGGCUGUGGGUUUGACUCCCAUUCGAGCAAGCCCGUUUGCUUUUGUGGGGAUCGGGUUUGUGUCAUAUCAGGAGAAAAUAUUGCGAUAGGUAACUCUGCUUGGUUCCUUUGUUUCGUUCUAGCCCUUGAUUCAGUAACUAUUAAAUGGUAGCCCUCUAAAAUACAUUUCAAAGUUACAUGACUGCUUAAAAU